AUGUCCGACGAGAAACAUUGGGAUUCUAAAUUCUCCGAUCGGAAUCUCCACCAGAAAGUCCACAAGCUCCUCGAAUCGGCGCCGUUUCGGAACCCCAGUUGGGGAGGGCUAGUUUCUGGUGAUGUAAAGCUCACGGUGGUGACCAAGGACUGUUAUAGUUGUUUCUGUUCAAGUCCUUAUUGGGUUAGAAGAGCUGAUUGGUUGAUUUAUUAUGCUUAUUUUGAUUCAUUUUUGUUUUGGGUUGUGUUGAUGUUGUUGGUAGCUCCGUUGCAGGGAAACUUCCAUAUCCAGAAGAGUCGCUGCUCUGCUUGUGCAUACCCAGCUGUCCGCACCAGGAAAUUCAAUUGGAGUGUGAAGGCCAUCAGGAGGAAGACCACCGGGACUGGAAGGAUGUGGUAUCUGUGCAAUGUCCCACGCAGGUUUAAGAGCGGUUUCAGGGAAGGUACAAGCAAGAGCAGUGAUUGUUUUGAAUCUUUUAAGAUGAAAUCUGACUAUGAAUUCAUCAUGGUGAAAAAAAGAAAUGGAUGGUCUAGUCUUUGAAGUCUGAGGCCGAUGAUCAGUUCUUCCAAGGCCGUAUUUGUUAGUUGCGAAUCUUCAGAACAAGCUUGGCGAAGCAAAUCAAGAGUAUUGUGUGCAAAAUGAUUGAUAAAAUGGCGCAAUAAGGUUUGUAGAAGCCAACUGCAAUUGAAGACUAGGUUAUUGCACUAUUGAGGUGUGAUGAUGAGAUUGUGAAUGUUUUGGA